AUGGCAUCUCUUAGAAGAGCAUUAUCUCCAGUGCUUCGAUCAGGAACUUUAUUGAAUGGUGAAGCACGUCAAGUUGCGUCUCCUUUGUCCAAGUCGUCUUCAAACAGUCAGAAUUACCCACUGUUGUUGUCUUCCAUGGGUUAUGUGGAUUAUGCAAUGUACAAAGCCCAUUAUUUUGUACUUGGCCUUUUCUCACCACAAUCUUCUCGGCCCCUAGAUAGGUCAAAGCUAAAGGGACAAUUUUGGCGAAGAGCUUUUUUCCAUUUCUUUAUAUGUUUUGUUGUUGGGAUCAUCGUCGGUCUUACCCCAUUUAUUUCUCUGAAUUUAUCCAUCAAUGUUAUGUCGAAACACCAAGCUGUCUUCAUCGGGGUGCUCCAACCAGUAACAAACAGUCAGGGUUACGCCGGUCACAAAAAUGAGACAUCGGGGGUGGUAGAUGACAGAUUAUACAUAAAUGAAAAUUCAACAUUAGAGCCACAAGUGGUGAAUGUUGAACCAAUAGAUGGAUUUUUUUAUGACACUUCGGGGCACCAUAAGCUUUUGAUCAUUGUGACACCAACAUAUGCUCGGCCGCUUCAGGCAUACUAUAUGAGUCGUCUGGCAAACACAUUAAAACUGAUCAAGCAUCCUUCCCUGUGGAUUGUAGUGGAGAUGAAGUCUCAAUCAGCGGAAAUAGCGGACUUAUUGAGGAAAACAGGUGUCAUGUACAGACAUCUUGUAAGUGAUAAUAACUCAAUUGACAAAAUAGAAAGAGCUGUUCACCUCAGGAACGUGGCUCUCUCACACAUAGAAACUCACCGUCUCAAUGGAAUUGUUUACUUCGCAGAUGAUGAUAACAUAUACUCCAUUGAUCUCUUUAACCAAAUGAGACAAAUCAGGCAAUCUGCAUUUGGGACUGAAUUUACUGGAGGUGCUUUAAGCAUGGUGCUAUUGGUUGCCGAGGUUGUAGACAUAUUGAGCAAAGAUCUUUUCAUGCACGUCUGUUUUAUUAUUAAACAUAGUGGAAUUGGUUCCUCAUGCAAGCGCCUUUCCAUGAAAAUAGGUUUCAUAGAAAAAGAAAAGUUUGGUACCUGGGUAGUGGCCAAGUUAGCGGAAGUAGGAAGACACGCUUCGUUCGAGGGUCCAAUUUGUAAUGGCUCUCAAGUGAGAGGAUGGCACAUGAAUGAUAUGACAAAAAGAUUUCGUAGAUUCCAUGCUGAGAUGUCUGGUUUUGCUUUCAAUAGUACUAUUAUUUGGGACCCAAAGAGAUGGCACCGGCCUACUUUUGAACCAAUCAGGCACCUUGAUACAGUCGAAGAAGGUUUCCAAGCAAGCACAUUUAUUGAGCAAAUUGUGGAAGACGAAAGCCAAAUGGAAUGCUUUCCUUCAGACUCCAAAAACAUUAUGGUCUGGCAUCGUAAUGUGGACUUAUAUAUCCGUCCUCAAAUACGGGUUGUAGAGAAUGGUUUGAGCGUUGUUGUUACACUUGCAUGA